AUGACUAGUCCUAUUUUGUUACAAGCUCAGAAAGAGAGCCAUCGUAAUUUACAAUCAUUCACAGGUGAUCUCACUCAAGAUGUUGAUGAAUACAUCGAGAGAAUCGAAAAUAUAGGUUCACUAACAAACGAACCAGGUGAAGUAUUGCAAAUUUUAUUAAAAGAGAAACUUACUGGUCAAGCUGAACGAUGGUUUAAAGAUAAUCAGGAUUCUUUAACUACUUGGUCAACAUUGAGAACUUGUCUUCGAGAAAGAUUUCAACAACCAUGGUUGAAUCAGACUUUGUUUAGUACUUUAGACAAUCGAAAACAGGAGGCUCAUGAAUCAGUAAAUGAUUAUUAUGAUGUUGUUUGUCGACUAUGUCGUCGAAUUGAUCCUAAAAUGUCCAAACAAAUGAUAUUACAUUUUCUUCAAAAAGGUGUUAGAGAUGAAAUAAAAACGAAUAUAACCAGAUUGAUGCUUACCGACAAUGAUCCUACACCAGAAACGUUUCUGAAAUUUGCAAAAAUUGAAGAACAUGUUGAAAAAAUGAAUCAAUCUUUGGAUACUAAUAACACUUAUUUCAAUCGACCUACUGAAUCUUAUAUGAUGACAUCAGCUGUGAAAUCUUCAUCAACUGCAAAACAAUAUACCAAUCACAUGCCACCCCUAUCGAAACCAUAUUCAUUAAAUCAACCGCCUGUCCAUGAAAAUUCUAAUUAUUAUCAACCUUUUCAUACCAGCAAUGUUUCGCAAAAUUAUGCAUUAAACAAUCGAGUACGUUCAUAUCAAGGAUCUCAGGUAACACCUCUAUCACCAUGUCUUAUUUGUGGCCUUAGGAAUCAUCGUACUAUAGAAUGUUAUCAACGUCAACCUGAUGGCUGUUUUAAAUCGGGAUCAGAUGAUGGCACUGAUUCCGUCCUAUACAAAAAGCCAUCAUUAUAUCCUUCCAUAAGCUCAACUCCUAUUCCUGUUUAUAUUAAAGUUCAAGUAAAUAAUGUUUCUCAACAUGCCAUAGUUGAUACGGGAUCAUGCACUACUAUUAUUCAUGAACAUCUUCGAAAAAAAAUCCAUCACAAAAAGUUCCUUUUCAAGAGAAAAAAAUAUCAAUCUGCAAGUUGUACAUCGGUUAACAUUAUAGGAGAAGUCGAACUUGAAAUAAAAGUUAAUGGUCACAAAACCUUUAUUGUUGCUGAUGUUGCUUCAAAUCUUAUCGCAAAUUUAUUACUGGGUCAUGAUUGGCUAAAAACUAACCAGGUUAACAUUGAUCUUCAUCAUCAAUGUCUAACUCUUAAUCAUUCAAACGGUCGCACAACUAAUACCCCUAUUCUCGAUCUUACAGAAUUACAGCAUCCAGUUUUGUUGCUUUCUCAGGUUACUAUUUCUCCAUAUAGUGAGAAAAUGAUAGAUGUUACAAUUCCGUCAAUGCGGAAUCGAAAAAAUCGAGUAUUAUUUGAACCCAGUGACGAUUUCAAACGGAAAUCUAUAUUUGCAAUAAAUGCUUUACUUCAUAUAAAACAUAAUCAGACAAAAAUUAGUGUCAUUAAUGCUACCGACCAUUCACAAACAUUACCAAAAAAUUCAAAACUUGGUUCCAUCUCAUAUCAAUCAUCUAGUGUUUGUUUGACACUACCUAAUCGAUCACAUCACGAGAACAUCCGGUUACCGGAUUGUUUUCCUUCACGAUCUGAUGAUAAUCAACAUCCUCGUUGUUAUGUAUGUUAUAAACAAUUUCUAACAGGUAAUGACUUGCAAUUCCAUCUACAAGCUACCUGUUAUCCACAGGAAAUGAGAAAAUAUAUUGAUAAUUUAACAGGUCAUAUUGAAAAUGGAAAACAUCGUAGCCGCCUAAAAAGUGUUUUAUGGAGACAUGGGAAACUUUUCGAUCUACGUACUCCAUCGGUUAUACAAACUACAUUAAAACAUGCAAUCGAUACUGGUCAUCAUAAACCUAUAUAUACACCACCUUAUCGGCAAUCGAAUCAAGCAGAAGAACUACUUACUACAGAAACUAAUAAACUUCUUCAACAAGGAAUUAUUGAACCAUCUAUAUCACCUUGGUCAUCACCAGUAGUUCUAGUAAAAAAGAAAGAUGGUACUCAUCGAUUUUGUGUAGAUUUUACAAAACUGAACGCAAUAACAGAACGAGAUCAUUUUCCAUUACCUCGCAUUGAUGAUAUAUUUGAUCAACUCUCAGAUUCACACUAUUUCACUACACUUGAUUUUAAAUCCGGUUACUUUCAAGUACCGCUUGAUAAACGAGAUCGUUCAAAGACUGCUUUCUCAACAAGAGACAGUCGAUAUCAAUUUACAGUGCUACCUCAAGGCAUCACGAACGGCCCCCCUACAUUCCAACGUAUCGUAAAUAAUAUUCUAGGUAGUUCGAGGUGGAAAUAUAGUUUAGCUUAUCUAGACGAUGUUAUUAUAUAUUCAUCAUCAUUCAAUGAACAUUUGGAACAUCUUGAUGAUAUUUUGGCUCGUCUGAGCGCAGCAAACUUUCGUUUAAAUAUCGACAAAUGUAAAAUAGCACGAUCAACAAUUAAAUUUUUAGGUCAUCAAAUAGACCAUGGUAAUAUCAAACCAGAUCAUGAAAAAAUUCAAGCUCUUCUUGCUACUAAUGAGCCAAAAACAUCUAAAGAAGCAUUUCGCUUUGUUAAAGCUGCUGAAUACUAUCGGAAAUUUAUACGUGAGUUUUCUCAAAUCGCACUACCACUUUAUAAAUAUGCACCACAGACAAAACAGCAAGGUAAACGACCAUCUCCUCAGAAGAUUACUUUAUCCGAAGAGGAUCGAAAAUCAUUCAAUGAAUUAAAGAGAAUCCUCACCACAGAUCUUAUUCUUCGUAUUCCAAAUAAUAAUUUAGAAUUUAAAUUGCAAACGGAUGCUUCGGAUGAUGGCAUAGGAGCAGUUUUGUUACAAACAUAUCCUACUGGUGAUCUUCCUCUUGCUUACUACUCACAAAAAUUUUCUUCAACACAAAAGAGAUGGUCCACAACUGAGAAAGAAUGUUUUGCGAUUCUAUCGUCGAUCGAAAAAUGGCACAAAUACCUGGAUGGACGAGAGUUCAUAUUGGAAACCGACCAUAAACCAUUAUUACAAUUGAAUAUCCAAGCACAACAUAAUGCAAAGUGUGAACGAUGGCGACUAAAAUUACAACAAUAUCGUUUUAAGAUAAAACAUAUAAAAGGUAACGAAAAUACAAUGGCUGACUAUCUAUCACGAUCUCCAAUUGGAAAUUAUCAAGAGGAUAUUGAUGAUUUCCCUAGUCAACUAUCUAAAUCUACACAAACAAGUUAUUCACCUCCUAUCGUAACUAUUAAUGCUGUUACUACUAGAGCUACAACAGCACGAAUCAAUUCAAUGCUUAAUAAUGAUAAUUCUUCGAAUCGGAUAUUAACUGGAACAAAUAAAAAGCGCCUUCUUAAUAAGAAUACACAACAAAAUGGGGACGCCCGUGAUAACGCGGAGCUGUCUCAUCCUGCAUCAACGACGUCUCAGUUUUCAUGCAUAUCACAUACUGAUUCGAUCACAUCAUUCACGAUGGAUGAUAUUUUAAAACAACAGCAGUCUGAUGUGACUGUACAACAUAUAAUCCGAAAUAUUGAUAAGUAUAAAAAGUAUUUCGUCGAUAACGGCAUGUUGAUGCGUCAACAAGCAUACCCUCUGUCGUCUGUUCCGUAUAUUUCAGAUCGUAAACUUCGUGCUAAUAUCAUUAGAAUAUAUCACGAUACACCGGCUAAUGGUGCGCAUUUUGGCAGAUUUAAAACCACUAGAAAAAUUCAAGAACGUUUCUAUUGGCCUUCAAUAACAAGAGAUAUUCGUCUUCAUAUACGGUCAUGCAUUCCGUGUUUACAAAAUAAUCAUCAGCGAAGGAAGACUCCUGGUUUCUUAAAGCCAAUAGCACCACCGGAAGGUAUUUGGCAAUUACUGGCUAUGGAUUUCCAUGGCCCGAUCGUGCCAUCCAGUAGAGAGGGUCAUAAGUACAUAAUAUCGAUAACCGAUAUUCUAUCUAAGUUUGUUAUUACAAAGGCGGUUAAAGAUUGUUCCGCUCUCACUGCUAGUAAAUUUCUGAUUUAUGAUGUUAUUCUCAAAUAUGGUACACCUCGUGCGAUUCUAACUGAUCGAGGCACGCACUUUACGGCUGCCCUUAUGAACGACAUUUUUAAACAACUAGGUGUAACACAUAUACUUGCAACGCCUUACCAUCCGUCGACUAAUGGCCAAAUCGAACGUUAUAACGCUACGAUGGAUGCAAAAAUUGCGGCACUAAGUAACGAUCGACGUAGUGAUUGGAAUGAGAAACUACCUUUUGUUACCUUUAACUACAAUACAACCAUUCAUGCUACAUCAAACAACAUUCCGUUUAACAUGAUGUACGGACGCUCACCUUUAUUGCCAUUUGAUUAUCAUACCGGAAUUGUAUCUCUUCCUUCGGAAAAAACAUAUAUGCAUGAUUUGAAUAAAUAUUUGUCUAUGAUUACCAAUAAUGCAAGAUACCAUAUUCUAAAUCAACAAACAAAAUAUAAAAUACGGUAUGAUUCAAAUCGAUCGGAUGCUGAUUACAAAAUCGGAGAUACAGUAUUGAUAAAAAAUAUACAUACUCGUCAUAAAUUUAACAUUCGAUACGAGGGACCAUAUCGAAUUAUCAGGAAACUUGCUUCAAAGACUUAUAUCGUGCAACACGUGAAGCAUACACACCUACAGAAACAGAUAACGGUAGAUUCAAUUAUACCGUUAUGUAAAAAUAAAUAUCAUCAUCAAUAA